AUGAAGCAGAGUUUCACGAUAUUGAAGCUGAAGCUAUGGGUAGGGACCAGGCAUGUCUGCCAGUUAUCUCCAUUAGCCAGGCAGCUGAGCGGCCAGCCAGACUUGCCAGGGAACACAGAGGACGCACCAGCCCCAUCUGUGCCAGGUAAUCAUCCCAGCUUGCCUGAUACAGGGAACCCGAAGGAAACGCCAGCUACAUGUACACCUAAACCUGGGAACCAGCCCAACUUGCCAGAGGUAGGGAACCCUGAGGAUGAACCAGCUCCAUCUGUAUCUGGGAACAAGAUCAACGUACCAGGGUCAGGGAACCCAGCGGAUGAGCCAGCUCCAUCUGUAUCUGGGAACAAGAUCAACGUACCACGGACAGGGAACCCAGAGGAUGAACCAGCUCUAUCUGUAUCUGUGAACAAGCCCAGCUUGCCAGAGACCGGUAACCUGAAGGACACGCCAGCUCCAUCAGGAAACUGCCGGACCUCCAGAUAUUGA